CUCUGGGAACCAGUAUCGCCUUUUUUCAGUCUCUGAGCUUUUUAAAAAAGAGUCAGAAGCUUCAAUGUUGGAUGCCGUGCUAUGACAACGUCACUGCUCCUCCGUCCGCGCUGGGUCGACCCGUCGGUGAUGUUUCUCUACGACAACGGCGGCGGUUCUGAUGAAGUGAGCAAGAACAUGGAGGGUUUUGCUGGUGGCAACUUUGCUGCGAACCAGUGUAGGAAUCUGAUGGCGCACCCCGCGUCCCUGGCACCCAGCAGCUCGUCCAGCGAAGUGCCCACCUCCGGAAUGGGCGAGCCUGUGAAGCAGUGCAGUCCCUGCUCAGCGGCUCAGAACUCAUCCAGCGCGUCCCUGCCUUAUGGGUACUUCGGUAGCAGCUAUUACCCGUGCAGAAUGUCGCAUCACAGCAGCAUUAAGUCGUGCGGAACUCAGCCUCCCUCAGCCUAUGGGAAAUACAUGGACACCUCUGCCUCCUGUGACGACUUCACCUCUCGGGCAAAGGAAUUCGCUUUUUAUCCCACCUAUCCUUCAGGCCCAUACCAACCUGUUCCCAGCUACCUGGACGUUCCCGUGGUGCCAACAAUCAGUGCGCCCUCAGAGGCCAGACAUGAAUCCCUGCUGCCCAUGGAGAGUUACCAGCCGUGGACUCUUGCAGCCAACGGCUGGAGCGGGCAGCCGCAGCCCGCACACAUGUGGAAGUCCUCCAUACCAGACGCAGUGUCUCACUCCGGGGGAGACUCCGGCUCUUAUCGACGUGGAAGAAAGAAGCGCGUGCCAUACACCAAGGUGCAACUGAAGGAACUCGAGCGCGAGUACGCUGCCAAUAAAUUUAUCACGAAGGACAAACGGAGGAGGAUAUCUGCGCAGACCAACCUGUCCGAGCGACAGGUCACGAUAUGGUUUCAGAACAGACGCGUUAAGGAGAAGAAAGUUGUGAACAAAUUGAAACCCAUCAGCUAGUUGUUUGAUGGCGGACAAUUGGGAGAUAAACUACUACACCCCCACCCACACAGACACACACUUACACACUUAACACAGAUACUUACACACACGUUUGGACUCAUGGAUUGGAACAACACUCCUUGCUGACUGAACAUGAUUUAUUUGUAUGUUGCCAAAUGAUUUCCCGGAGCUUCUGGAACAAAAUCUGAGGCCUCGUCUGUGGUGGAUUCUGCCACUUGUUGUUAAAUAUUGUUUGAGGAGUCAAGUGGUGACAAAAAGAGACAAUAUAUAUAUAUGUGUAUAUAUAUAUAUAUAUACAUAUAUAUGCAGUAUGUGUGACUUUUUUUUUUUGGCAUGCUCACUCUCAUCACAGGAAAACUGACCCCAGCUCUGAACAUUUUGCGCCACCGAGCUACGCGUUUAUCUACAACUUUUAACGAGAGUGAUAACGCGAAGAUCCGCAGGAAGAGACGGUGUGACCUAUUUGGACCUUGAAAAUGUUAAAUAUUAAUCUCUCCUGGCUUCCUUUUUAAAAACCUACUCACAUGCUUAGCUUGACGUUUUCGUCUUAUCAUAUGAACCCGUGCUCUCAUCUAUUCACUCAACCCAUGGCGCAAUCUUUCCUAUGAUGCUUAGAUAAUCGUUCGAGAUAUGUGUUCAUAUCGAUCAUAGCUUUUAUAUGUGUGCGUAUUCAUGUGGUUGUAUAUAAAGUAAAUCCCGGCAUGAUAUCAGGAUAUAUGUGUGUGAGUACAGUGUGUCGGUGUUAAAGUCCACCCUAAUAAAAAUAUGGACUUGGUUGAAUUUUAUCCAAGUUAUGUUGGA